AUGGCGCGUUCAAAACAAGUUACCAAGAAGACGGAGACGGUCAUCGAGGCCCCGGUUACCACCAAGGUUGCAAAUGGCACACCAUACCAACUGGACCCGUCGCAGGUUGAGCGGGCCGCGAAAGCCCUUGUGUCGCACAUGAAGAAGCAUGUCGAGGAGAAGGAUGAGAAGGCUGCCGUGAAGAAUCUGGCAGACGACGAGGACGAGGCAAAAGACAACGACCAGCCAAUCUUCCUCAGCAUAUCCACCAAGAAGCACGUCAACAAUACCACCAGCUUGAAGCCUGCCAAGAUUCCCCUGCCGCACCCCAUCAUCCCCAACGACGUCCGAGUUUGCGUCUUCACAAAGGACCCACAGCGUGCCUACAAAGACCUUGUCGCAUCCGAUGCUUUUCCAGCUACUCUCCGCGAGAAGGUUGUCCGUGUUCUUGGUGUGGACAAGCUGAAGAAGCGAUACAAGUCCUACGAGCAGAAGCGCGCGCUUCUCGCAGAGUUUGACGUUUUCAUGGUCGACGACAGAAUCAUCAAGAUUGUAGCAGAGUUUCUCGGAAAGACAUUCUACGCAGGCAAAGCCAAGCGCCCAAUCCCCAUCAGGCUCACCGCUGGUGCAUACAUCGACAAGAGCGCGAAGAAGGACAGCAAGGAGUCGCAGAAUGUAGUUGGCACGCCCCAGGGCGUAGCAAAGGAGAUUGAAGCCGCGCUCAAGUCCACAUACCUCAGCAUGAGCCCUUCAGCAAACACGUCUAUCAAGAUUGGCGCACUUUCCAUGAGCGCCAAGCAGCUCACCGAGAACACAUCCGCCGUUGUUGCUGCUAUAAUACCCAGGUACAUCGAGCAAGGCUGGCGCAACAUCCGUUCCCUACACCUCAAGGGCCCUACGACGAAGGCGCUGCCCAUCUGGCUCGCCGAUGAGCUGUGGGCUGACGAGACGCAAGUGCUCGACCAGCCAUGGAAGGGCAAGGGCGUCACUGAAGGCAAGACGGCCGAACGCAAGAGGAAGUGGGAGGAGUGGGAAGAGGAGAUGCUGGAUGAUGAUGAGCUUGCGGCGAAGAAGGCACAGCGGGAGGCGAAGAAGGCAAAGAAGGAGAGGUCAAAGGAAUCUAAGAGCAUCAGCAAGGAGAAGCGCAAGGCGAUGAAGGAGGCUGCACUAUCUGGUGUACAGACGCCUUUGAUUGCCAGCUGA